GGGAGGAACGGCGUUUCCUAGAAUGCUGCUUUGAGCGAGGGGUAUCGUGGGAAGAGAACUUAGAGAAUUUGAGGUGAGGGUGGAUGGCUAACGGCACGAAUUUCCGCGUUGUACCCGGGGGAGAUGAGAGCAGUGAAAGCGACGAUGAUGGCUGGGGUAUCGGGUUCAUGUCCGAGGCCCAGUGUUUAGAUGAAAUCUUGCAUACCCAGGAUAAAAAUGACAUUUUCAAAAAAGCAUUAACUGCUGGAAACGUGUCUGUCAUUGAGGAACUCUUAAAUACAGGUAUAAAUGUAGAAUCUAGCCUUAAGUUUGGAUGGACUCCCCUCAUGUAUGCAGCUAGUGUUGCGAAUGUGGAACUUAUGUAUCUCCUUCUAAGCAGAGGUGCAAAUGCAAGCUUUGAGAAGGAUGAUUAUUCAGUAUUGAUGGCCGCAUGUACUGCAUCUGGUUCAGAAGAACAGAUUUUAAAGAGUGUAGAACUACUGCUUUCAAGGAAUGCAAAUCCUAAUGCUGCAUGCAAGAAGAAAAUGACUCCAUUAAUGUAUGCAGCCCGGGAAGGCCAUUCUCAAGUUGUUGCUCUCCUUGUUGUUCAUGGAUCACAAGUAAAUGCUCAAGAUAAAGGCGGUUACACUGCAUUAACAUGGGCAGCAUGCCAGGGUCAUAAAAAAGUAGUAUUCAAGCUGCUUGAACUUGGAGCUGAUAAAUCAAUACAGACAAAAGAUGGACAGACCCCAGGAGAGAUUGCAAAGAAGAACAGGCAUUUAGAGCUUUUCAGUUUACUUUCUUUGACGGCAAGUCCUUUCCAAAAAAAGUUCCAGAACCUGACUAAAGAAGAACCUAUUCACAGAUUUAUAACUACAGUUCCAGAUGCCCUUAAAAGCCAUAAAAGCAGUUCCUAUGCAGCUUUUAGUGACAUGGAAGUCUUUCUACAUGGUCUUGAACUUGAACACAUAACAGAAUUACUGAAGGAGAGAGAAAUACCUUUAAGACAGCUUUUGACAAUGGGAAAAGAAGACUUAAUAAAGAUUGGCAUCGAGAAUACCAGAGAUCAACAAAAAAUUUUAGAUGCUGUUAAAGAACUACAUAUAGAAGAAGUAAAGUUGGAAGAACUGUCUGCAGUGACAAAUUUGGAAUUCAGUGGUGAUGAAUUUCUUUCCUUUCUUAUGAAACUAAAAAGACAAUGCAUUCAACUUAAAACCUCUGUGCAGAAUAUUAUUAAUCAGUUUCCUACAGAUGCUCAUAAGUUGGUUCUUGAAUGGAGUCCACCACACAGUCUUGCUACAGUGUGUGAAGACCUAAUUUUGAGUGCUGAAGAUCUGACUGCAGAGGUGGUAAAACUAAAAAUGCUCAUGAAUAAGCUCCAAGAUGGGCAGAAUGAUGAUCCUUGCCGAAUGCAACCUUUGGUGAAAUAUGGCAGAUGGAAGACAGCUUUUUUAAAAAUAGCAGUACUAACUGUGGUUGGGUCUGGAUGUGUUUUCUUUAUUUUCAAGUUAUCUCUAAAGAAAAAUUGA